AUGUGUGAGGAUGGGGGAGAGUGCAGGCAGUUCCAGGUGUGUUUGCGCAUGGGUGUGGAGACAACAGGUACCUCCCACUGUGCGCUUUCCAAUGGACUGUGCAUACAGGAAGAGAGCAGCAAUAUAACUGUACCUGCCCAGUUCUCAGGCUGCAUCCUGCCCCAGCUCCAUCACUGCUCCUCUCUUAGAAUAGUUCACCGCCACCAGUUGUAUCGAACUAUGAAUGACAAUAGUAAAGACGCCUUUCGAAAUGUCAGCCAGAAGCCCGGGCUGCAGAUAUGGACAAUCAAUAACAUGGAGAUGGUCCCUGUUCCCACCCAGGCGCACGGUAACUUCUUCGAGGGAGACUGUUACAUUGUUUUAAAUAUCGCUUCGGGAAAGGGGCAGAGUGCGGACGUUCAUUACUGGAUUGGGAACUCCUCCUCCCAGGACGAGCAAGGCGCCGCGGCCAUCUUUGUGACCCAGCUGGACGAGCACCUGGGGGGCAGUCCGAUCCAGCACAGGGAGGUCCAGUGUUAUGAGUCUCCCCGCUUCAAGAGCUACUUUAGGAACGGGCUGAUAUACAAAAAGGGAGGCGUGGCUUCGGGCUUUAACCACGUUGAGACAAACUCGUACGAUGUUCUGCGCCUGCUGCACGUCAAAGGGAAGAAGCAUGUGUCUGCUGCUGAGGUGGAGGUGUCAUGGAACAGCUUCAACAACGGAGACAUAUUCCUCUUGGACAUUGGCAAUGUCAUAGUGCAGUGGAACGGCCCCAAGAGCAACAGAAGAGAGAAGCUCAAGGCCGUCCUCUUGGCUCAGGACAUCCGGGACCGGGAGAGGGGGGGUCGGGCUCAGAUCGGGGUGGUGGAGGGGGGAGACGAGGGAGGUUCUCCUAAACUGAUGGAAGUCAUGGUUUCUGUCCUGGGUCAAAGAAAAGGACCUCUGAAGGACGCCAUCCCUGACGACAGGCCGGACCAGGGGCAGAAGAGCUUUGUGCGGCUCUACCAUGUUUUUGAAGAAAGCGGGAAUCUGGUCAUUCGAGAGGUGGCCACUCAGCCUCUCACUCAAGACUUGCUUCUUUCUUCUGACUGCUACAUUGCGGACCAGAAUGGCUCUUGUGUGAUGCUGUGGAAAGGCAAGCAGGCCUCACCUGUCGAGCGACGGGAGUCUUUGAACAGAGCUAUGGGUUAUAUAAAAACCAAAAAUUACCCACCCGGAACAAGUCUAGAGGUGAUGAGUGAGGGAGGGGAGACAGCCAUGUUCAAGCACCUGUUUAAAUCUUGGAGCGACAAAGGACAAACUCAGGGCUUUGGUUCCACACACACUGUCGGCAAAAUUGCCAAAGUGGAGCAGGUGAAGUUUGACGUGAUGGAGCUGCAUGCGCGUCCUGAUCUGGCGGCACAGCAGCGUAUGGUGGAUGAUGCUUCAGGGAAAGUGCAGAUAUGGAGAAUUGAGGACUUAGAGCUGGCUGAAGUCGAGCCAAGCACAUACGGCCAGUUCUACGGAGGAGACUGCUACUUAGUGCUGUACACAUAUUUGAGAUCAAACCAACAGCAGCACAUCCUCUACAUAUGGCAGGGUCGCCAUGCAACCAAGGAUGAGAUCACAGCGAGUGCCUAUCAAGCGGUCAACAUUGAUAACAAAUACAAUGGGUCCCCAGUACAGGUCAGAGUGGCCAUGGGAAAGGAACCUCGACAUUUUUUGGCUAUUUUCAAAGGCAAACUAAUCAUUUUUGAGGGUGGCACGGGUCGUUCAGGUGUGGUAAACCCUGAAACGGGGCCGAGACUAUUUCAGGUCAAAGGCACCAGUGAAUUGAACACCAAGGCCACGGAAGUCAAAGCAAGAGCAUCAUCGUUGAACUCCAAUGAUGUCUUCCUGCUAAAGACAGACCGUGCAUGCUACUUGUGGUAUGGAAAGGGCUGCAAUGGCGAUGAGCGGGAGAUGGCCAAAGUUGUGGCUGAUGUGCUGUCGAGGCAGGACAAGCGGGUAGCAAUGGAGGGGCAGGAGCCAGCUGAAUUCUGGGUCUCCUUGGGAGGAAAAGCCCCAUAUGCAAAUGACAAGAGUCUGCAGAUGGAGGAGCCCCCACACAGCCCCAGACUCUUUGAAUGCUCCAAUCAGACAGGCCGUUUUGUGAUGACAGAGGUGGAGGCCUUUGCACAGUGCGACUUGGAUGAAGAGGACGUUAUGCUGCUUGACAUUUGGGAAGAGAUCUUCCUUUGGAUCGGAAAUUUAGCCAAUGAGUAUGAGACCAAAGAGGCCUGGAACAGCGCACGGGAGUACCUCAGGAGCCACCCUGCAGGCCGGGACCCCGACACUCCCAUUAACUGUGUCAAACAGGGACGUGAGCCUCUGACAUUCACCGGAUGGUUCAACGCAUGGGAUCCUCAGAUGUGGAGUGGAGGCACUACCUAUGAGCAGAUGAGGAAUAAGUUGAGUGAUGAGACUUCAGUGUCCCAGAUUGCUUUAGACUUCAGCAACACCAGCCUAAACAAGAGACCUAGUGAUGGGGGAUACAGAGCUCCGGGGGGUCCAGUCACCUCCCAUCCGGCCUACAAGUCUUCUCCAACCAGCCCCCAUCGCACCUCCAGCACCUUCUCCCCUUUCGUUGCCUCCAGUGACAGCAGAAAGACCGUAGACCUCCACCAUCUUAUCAACAAACCCGCGGAGGAGCUACCAUCCGGAGUGGACCCCAGCCUGAGAGAGGACUUCCUAUCUGAUGUGGAUUUUGAGAGUGUGUUUGGGACAACACGAGCAGACUUCCAGCGGCUGCCCAAAUGGAGGCAAACUGACAUGAAGAAAAAGGCAGGACUUUUCUGA